AAGACUCCAGCCUAUCCUCUCUGAACAAUCAAAGGCAAUGGUCCUUACGGAGUCGCGGUUUACGAGGGAGACUUUUUCACUGCAAAAGCCAGGGAAUUAAACACUCACUGUUGGAAUGAACCAGAGCCCAGUCAGUAGUCGCUAUGGAUUAAAACGGAAACAGUUGUGAUGGCUGUAAAUGUGAAAAAGUAGCCAGAACAUCUACAGAGCAGCAAGACCGUCAGCAAGCAGCUAGAUGCACGAUCCUUGCUAGUAUGAGCGAGCCGAACGUUCACAAACCUGGCUGCAGUCACAAUUCCUCAAUAUUUUAACUCAACCAGCCUCGUGAAACCUUGAACGACUUUUGCUACUUUCAAUUCCGAACAGUCCAAAAUCGGCUACAUUUUUGAUUCCAGACAGAAUUAUGGCGGGGAAGCUGACAGCAGGCUCGGGAAUACUGCUCGUGACAGCCAACGUUGGGUCGCUCUUUGAAGAUCUCGAUAACCUACAGAAGACAUGGCUGCGGGAAUUCUACCAGACUGUCCAAUCACACAAGCCCCACUUCAUCGCAGUGCACUGUCAGGAGGUGGGCGGGAAGAACUACGAAGCGUCCAUGGCACACGUAGAUUGUUUUGUCAAAGAGCUGCUGUCCAGUGAUGCCAUGAAGGAGUACAGCAGAGCCCGUGUCUACCUCGACGAGAACUACAAAUCCCAGGAACAUUUCACAGCACUAGGAAGUUGCUACUUUCUUCACGAAUCCUUGAAAAACAUCCACCAGUUUGAUUUCAAAGCCAAGAAAUUCAAGAAGGUGGUUGGGAAAGAGAUCUACUCAGACACUCUAGAGAGCACACCCAUGUUGGAGAAGGAGAAGUUUCCUCAGGACUACUUCCCUGAGUGCAAGUGGUCCAGAAAAGGCUUCAUCAGGACGAGAUGGGCUCUGGCUGACUGUGCCUUUGACCUGGUCAACAUCCACCUGUUCCACGAUGCCUCCAACAUACUGGCCCGGGAGAAGAGCCCCUCUGUCUACUCCGGGAUGAGACAGAAGGCCCUUGGCUUUGUUUUAGACAGGAUCACUGACCAGCGGUUUGAGAAGGUGCCAUAUUUUGUCUUUGGGGACUUCAACUUCAGGUUGGAUACAAGGCAGGUUAUCGAGAGUCUGUGUUCCACUGCCACCAUGCAGACGGUCAGAGUAGGUGACACCAAUGAAGUCGAGAAGCUAAUAUUCAGAGAAUCAGAGAACGAUCGCAAGGUUGUACUUCAACUUGAAAAGAAGCUUUUUAAUUAUAUCAACCAGGACGUUUUCCGGGAAAACAAUGGGGCCCUGUUUUUACAGUUUGACAGUGAGCUGUCCUGUUUCAAGGAACGGCUGCACGAGCUGGAGAUCUCCUUUCCUCCCAGUUAUCCGUACAGUGAAGACAGUAGUCAGGGAAAGCAGUACAUGGACACCAGAUGCCCUGCCUGGUGUGACCGCGUCCUCAUGUCUGCUACAGCUAAAGACCUGGUCUUAAAGCCUGAAAAUGAGGAGAAAUACUUGGUCUACGACAAUAUAGGGCCCAAUGUCUGCAUGGGGGACCACAAGCCUGUCUACCUGUCGUUUCGAUUAACAGCCGGGGCAGGUAAACCUAAUGCAAAUAAGCACAAGUGUUGUAACGUGCAGUGAUGUCGUGGGAAGUGGUGCCAAAGGGUGGAGAAGAUCUCUGCCUGAAGGGCCUCUGUGAUAAGAACCAAGAGUUGGACACCAACACACACACACACACACAACCACACACACGGAAGACCCUAUACAGACUGUUCAGCAGUGCUGACCAGUCGUUCAGUCGUUCUAACACUUCAUCCAUACAAGCUGUUGUUUUUCCACACAACACGUCAGUAUCUGGACUUCCCACCCGAGAGACGUUUGAGAUAAGACACACCUCACUGACCUUACCAUUGCUACGCGCGCCCCAUUCCCCCGGAAGAAUGAAAAAAACUAUUUUACAGCCUUGUUGCCAAAACUCUAGUAGAAAUCAGUCUUAACUACAUUAUUUUAGAUACCAUACUUGCAAUUGUAGGUAUGUCUCUAUGUAUAGAAGCUACUUCCAUACAUUAUGUAAGAUGUUUUUAAAAAGUGCAAUGCAAAACAAAAAGUUGUAUAUCUAUAUUGUUAGGUUUAUUUGUACAUUGGACAGUUUCACAUGGAGUUGUUGAUGGUUUUAGUGCCAUUGUCACUCUUCUGACCAAACUUUGUGGUCCCACUAUUUAGAAUAGAUACACAUUUUUUGGUUAAUUUCAAUUACUUUUUUAUUUUAUUUUUAUUUUGUCGUUGCUGACUUGUGUGCCUAACACACUGCCAUGCCUCACACAUCAGCUGAAUCUCAUUUUAUAUACUGUACUUUUUAAAGAGAGAAUUUAUCAUUCUUAACAAAAUUGUUAUGAAGUAUAUGGAGACAAUAUGGCUGCAUGGGUGUUCCAUCAGCCAUGACCUUUGAAUCUAUCAUUACAAGUGAGAAAAAACAAACACUUUUUAGCCAACAUGAUUCAUACAGUAUAGUGUAUCCAAUUAUGUUUUAAGCAGUGCCAUAGACCAUGCAAGUAUAUAAGAUUGUUUCAUAUAUAGCACUCACAUUAUUAUUAUUCUAACUUAUUUCUAUGUAAUGAUAUUAUGGUUCUGAAUGUAAUGUUUUUAGAUAGGCUUUGGUAUUCUUUAAAAAAUGUAAAAGGUCUUCUUUUUUUUCUUCUUCUUUUUACUGCAUUAAUGGUGCCAAGUAUACACAAAAUGAAGUGUGAAAAGUCAACAUAAAAUUACAACAGUCCAACUGAUAGAUAAAGGCCUUGAUUAUACAUUGUUAAAAAAAAACUUUUAAAAAACGCCAAAGGCAGGAAAGACUUGAGAUAAUUGCUUUUUCAUUUUGUAUGUAGCCUUCAACAGCCUUCAUUGCUAUGUUGCAAAUAAUUUCCUCUCAUCGCUCGUUAGAGCAUUAAACUGCAAUUAGGGGAGGCUGUUGUUGAAAAGCGAACGUUUCCCGUUAUUGAUUUAAUUUACUACACUACAGAGCUCAGACUGUGUGAAGCCGUUAGAUUGCUCCUUGAGUUUUCCAUCUAAAUCACCGCAAGUUGAAAUGAUGUUUGUGCCUGCUGCAGACUUCAUGUUGUCUUGACAGUGUGAUUUGGUUCGUGGGCAAAACUGCUUGUGUUUCCCGCUGGUCACGUGUUAAGAGAAGCGGCAGUUUGUUCACUCCUUUCAGCAGAUAGAGAUUAUAUUCUACCCAAUGGACCGCAUGGCCUCUAGUGUUGAUUAUACGGUUCUCAAGCAAUAAAACCAUUAGAACUAAA